AUGAUCAUACUCGCGUCGGACCAUAUUAUUUUUGAGGGGAAAUUAAAAUCUUGUUCACACAUUCUUGAUUACCACACGCAUAAAUGCUGGCGCCGUUUGCUAUCCCCUGGUCUAAGUCCUUGGCAAAUCCUGAAUUUAUUGGGUGAUGUAUUUUUACGCAAAGCAAGUCGGGCUGUGGAUUUGGCUACGCCUACUUGUUCCUCAAUUUGGCUAGUGGAUAUCUGUGUGCUUUCAGCAAUUCCUUGUAAAACACUAGCAAGAGUUUCCUCUAGAUAUUCCUUUUUUCGAGACAAAAUUCCCGGGGACAGUGAUUUGGUUGGUGAAGCUAAGUUUCUGCGGGUUACCUUGGAUCGAAGAUUGCAAUGGGGCCUUCACUUUGACAGUCCAUAUUGAUAAUGGCUUGCCUUGCCAUUUUACAUUCACUUAGAUACUAUGCCAUUCUGGCUUGGGGGCAUUCUUCGGGGGUCCAUAGACUGUUCGCCUUGCAAAUAAGGGCAGUUAGGGUUGUGGGUCGUUUGGGCUACAGGGCCUAUUGCAGA